AUGGGUGAUACUCGUGUCAGAAAGGGCACCACCAUGACAACCAGACAUUCCCCAAUCCGGAGGAGUCCCCGGCUGAAUGCACUCGAGGCGCUACAAGAACCAGAUGCCGCAAUCGACUUGCCCGUAGACACCGGAGAGAAUGCAACUGAUGAGGCGCCCACCGCAAAUAUGAAUAUUGAGUCCAGCAUAGUGGCUGGAAUACCCGAAGCUGUCGGCGCUGAUGAGCAUCAGGAGACCGUGUGCAGCGCACAACCUAGCGGAUUCCAAGAAGCAAGACUGCGUGCGAGAAUUGCCGAGUUGGAAAGGCAAUUGCAAAUGGUAACAAGGCCGGCGACACGUGCGGAGGGUCCGCCAUCUUUAAUUACAGAUACAAUGCCAGCAACGCAUAGGUUAGAAUCAGAUCGUCCGAUUAAUGGACUACAGCCACCACUAAUAAACACUCGCCCUGAGCUGCCAUCGACAAUUGGAACAAUGCCCCUGAUCUCACCAAACACGGUUGGUGGAUGGAUGACUAGAAAAAUCACGGAACUGCCAGAGUUUUCGGGACUACCAGAAGAUUGGACAAUAUUCUACUGCGCGUUUACUGAAACAAAUAGUGUAUAUGGAUGCACGGACUUGGAGAAUAAUCAGCGUCUGGUUAAAGCUCUUAAGGGCGAUGCCCGUGAAACUGUUAAAUCUCUGCUUAUCCAUCCCAGAAAUGUGAACGCAGUCAUAAAUCAACUAAGAUUCUGUUAUGGGCGUCCGGAGCAGCUCGUACGCAGUCAGCUUCAAAGCGUGCGUGAUGUUCAACCGAUACAAGAGCACAAUUUAGCAAAGAUUAUUCCAUUCGCUACGCGCGUGAGUAACCUGGCUGCGUUUUUACAAUCUAUCAACGAGAGCCGGCACCUGGCUAAUCCAACCCUGUUAGAUGAACUAACCUCGAAAUUGCCGCUGGACAAGAGAGUGGACUGGGCUAGACGCGCCGCAUCUAUAAAGCCCUACCCGACUGUCAUCGACUUUAGCGUCUGGUUAGAAGAACUAGCUAGCGUAAUAUGCACUAUUGUGGACUCCGACCCCAGGGAAGGCAAACGACGAAUACUGUACACGAAGUUUGAAGAGGAGACGCGCGUCGAGCAACAUGGCCAACCCUGUCCAAACUGUUACGGGUCACACGAUAUAACCGAAUGUGCGGAGUUUCGUCUUGCUUCACCGACUGCGAGAUGGAGACUUGUCAAGAAGUACCGUCUAUGUUUCUUGUGCUUGAGUCCCGGGCACGUAGUUCGAAAGUGUACCACCAAGUCCAGAUGCCAUAUAGGUGAAUGCGGGCGAGCCCACCAUAACCUCCUACAUGAUUUCGAGUCUAAUUACAGGCAGGCUUCAAUGUCAAAGGCUGGACAUGGAAGCCCCACGAGGCCUCAACCAGUACCCAACAAUGGCAAGCAGCCCUCACCGGAACCAAGAAGCCAACAGCCAACUCAACAGAUGAACUUAAGUUGUGUUGACACUAAGACAACGCAACUAUUGUUUCGGAUCCUGCCAGUGACGCUUUAUGGGUCGAACCGUCGAGUAGAGACGUACGCACUGCUUGACGAAGCAUCAUCGGUAACCAUGAUCGAUGAAGUGCUACUCAAGGAUUUGGGCCUGAAUGGAGAACGCAGUCAACUUGCAGUUAAAUGGUUCAAAAAUAUGACAACCCAAGAGCCAACAAAGAGGAUAAACUUACACAUUAGUGGACAUGAUAAAAACAAGAAGUACGAAUUGAAGAAUGUGCAUGCAGUGGAUGGGUUAGAUCUGCCGAUGCAGACCUUGAAUCAGGACUACCUCCAAGUAAUCAAUCCGCAAUCACGUUUCCCUGUUGAGGCAUAUACUAACGCCGUGCCUAGGAUCCUAAUAGGCCUGGAUCACAAGUACCUUGUCGUGCCAUCCAGCACCUGGGAAACCUCCAAUAAGGGACCGUACGUGGCCGUUACUAGGUUAGGAUGGGAUGUUUCUGGGACGUUCCACAAGCAUCAACAUACAUCUGCGCCAAAGCCAUGCCUAUUUGCAGCAACGGACACCGAUGAAGUUCAUAAGAUGGUCAGCGAAUACUUUGAACUGGAGAACCUGGGGGUGAAGCCAACUCCACCAGCCCCUUCAGAUGACGACAUACGGGCACAAAGUAUUUUGAACGAGACGACGGUAGAAUUACUCGGGCGGUACCAGACGGGAUUAAUCUGGAAACGCGACAACGUAAAUCUACCUUCCAGUUAUAAAAUGGCGUUAAAUAGGUUGGAAACUGUUGAAAGAAAAAUGGAAAGAGAUAAACAGUUUGCCCAAGAGUAUAAAGGAAUGAUAAACGAUUACAUAAGUAAAGGAUACGCUCGACGUGUAGAGCGAGAAGAAGACACUGCAGUCGGCAGCGGCAAAAUAUGGUAUUUGCCGCAUUUCGCAGUGACGAACCCGAAUAAGCCAGGGAAAAUUCGGCUAGUCUUUGACGCGGCUGCCAAAGUGGGCAACGUGUCACUGAAUUCAGAGCUAUUAAAGGGACCACAGCACUAUAGGCCGCUUCUUUCUGUUCUAUUCCAUUUCAGAGAAGGAGCUGUUGCGGUCAUCGGAGACAUCAAAGAAAUGUUCCACCAGAUCUAUGUACAGCCCCAGGACCGACGUUCUCAACGGUUCCUGUGGCGGGAUGGAGAUAGACAACGAGAAGCUGAUGUGUACGAGAUGCAGGUGAUGACCUUUGGAGCUGCCUGUUCCCCAAGUGCCGCACAUCAUGUCAUGACGCUAAAUGCGAUGCGUCACCAACAAGUAGACCCACGAGCGGUCAAAGCUAUUACAGACUAUCAUUAUGUGGACGAUUAUGUGGACAGUUUCGCCACUGAGGACGAAGCUAUAUCAGUCUCUGCCAGGGUCAGAGACAUACACAAGACUGGAGGAUUUGAGCUACGCCGAUUUCAAUCCAACUCACCUAAGGUUGUGGAGUCCUUGGGUCAAGAAGGAACCACCAACCCAGUUGGGUGGGCUGAAGCAGAGGAGAAAAUUCUUGGAUUGUAUUGGCAGCCAGCGACCGAUGAAUUUAGGUUUAACGUGAAGUACCAGAGGAUCAAGGACGAUGUGCCUACCGAGAGGCAAUUCCUCAGUCUAAUCAUGUCAACGUUCGACCCGAUGGGGUUCCUGAGUUGUUUCACCAUUACCGGCAAGUUAUUAUUACGCGAGAUUUGGAGAAGGAAUGUUUUAUGGGAUGAACCGUUGCCAAAAGAACUCAACAGCGCCUUCCAGAAAUGGCGCCAUCAGCUAGAAGGAGUGGGUCUGUUCCGAUGCCCGCGUUACUACUUUGGAUCAGAAAUAGUGAAGUCAAUACAAUUACAUGUCUUCACUGACGCCAGUGAGUCGGCGUACGCGGCUGUGGCCUACUGGAGGGCCACCUACCAAAAUGGGGAUGUACAAGUGAGUUUCGUUUGUGGUAAAACGAAAUGCGCUCCGAUGAGAACCAUGUCAGUUCCACGACUGGAGCUGCAGGCAGCGGUGCUCGGUACACGCUUGAUGAACGCUGUGAAGAGUGGACACUGCAUGGAGACGGAAGAUGCCAUUUUAUGGACAGAUGCCAAAAUGGUGCUGCGUUGGAUAUGCAGCACUCAUAGACGUUAUAAGCAGUUCGUCGGUAACAGAGUCACAGAAAUCUUAGAAUCCACAGAUGCUUCCCAGUGGAGAUGGGUCCCUACCGCGGACAACGUGGCGGAUGAAGCGACGAGGCCACAAGGGCAAGUUGACUUUAGCCAGAAAUCGCGAUGGAUGUGCGGGCCUAAAUUCCUACAGCAGCCGUAA